AUGGCACCAACUCCCUCUCCGAGCCCCUUUUUGCCGCCGCCACCCCCGCCUCUGGCGACCAAAAGCACCAGCUUGCCUAUGUUGUAUUAUGGCCUCAUAGUUGUUGGAACUGCCGCUAUUGUUCUAGCCAUGUACAAUCUCAUCUUCAUCAAAUGGUCCGCCCCGCGCCACCCCCCAUCAUCACCGAGAAAUGUUAGGUCCAACGCUUUUGUUGAGGCUGCAAGGUCAGCAAGAAGCAGGAGCUUUGAGAACUUGGACAGCUUCAAGUACAAGAAACAGAAGGAGAGGUCAGUGGCUCAAGAACAAGGUCAAGUACUGAUCGAUUAUGAAUGCGCGGUUUGCUUGUCGGUGUUUGAAGAUGGAGAAGAGGUAAGGAAGUUGCCUAGCUGCAAGCACUCGUUUCAUGCUCCUUGCAUAGAUAUGUGGCUUUACUCUCACUCAGAUUGCCCACUCUGCCGGGCAACGGUGCCAGUCGUUUCUUGGUGCCACCGGGAGUUAACCACUACUACGCCGGAGGAGCAUUCCAGAGAAGUCCUGCUGGUUUCUAGCAGCAUCGCAAGUUCACCGGUUUAA